UUACAUAUGUAUAUUUUUACACGACUUCGACGAGCGAACGACGAAGCGGCGCCGCGGUGUCCUCCCGCGGCGACAGCUUCUGGGGAAUUUCAGCACCGCUUUGGCCGGAGGCCGCGGCGCCGCGUCGGCAUCGACCGCGUCGCGAUCGCAAGCUCCGCGUGGAGAAAGCUCUGCUCCUCCAACUUUGUGUUGAUGGUCGUCGGUGUGUCCGACGCCAACUCUAAGCGGGCGACGGCGGUCGCUACGCACAGUAGCAGCGUGGCGAGGAGCUUCAUGGCUCGGUUGGGCGCUGGUCGCCUGCGAUGGAGGAAUUGAGACCACGGCGCGAGCGCGGGGGGUGGGGGUGGUCCUCUCGUGGGCCGACAACGUCUGUCGCCCCGGCCGCGGCCGCCCCAAGCCCGCAGCACUUUUUCCUUCUAUGGGUGAUUGUGUCUCUGCUGAGCCGCCGCAGCUGCUCGCAAGCGGGCGUUGCGGCGGCUACACCAUGAUUGCUUCUCCGAAGCUACCGUUUAUGUUUAUCGACGCCGGCGCUGUGCGUUUGCGCUCCGAUUAGCUCAGAGCAUCAAACCGGCCGCCACUGAAGCUCCAAGUUCGAAGCCCCGGCCAAAGCCUCCCAGCACG